AUGAGAAAACUCCACCAUGGUGGUCAUACAUUUGGGUCAGUAGAACUUUUCCAGCACAUGCAUGACACGAGGACUCCAGAAGAAAGGAGGUUUGUGCAGAAGCUGGAUGUAUCCCUUCUGACCAUUCUUUGUUUGGGUUAUUUCAUCAAAAAUCUUGACCAAACAAAUAUCAGCAAUGCCUACGUUUCGGGAAUGAAGGAGGAUCUGGCCAUGAACGCGAACCAGUUGAACCUGAUUGACGUUGCGUGGACAUCAGGCUACGUGGUUGGGCAGCUGCCCUCCCAGUUCAUCCUCACCAAAGUGCGCCCUUCGGUCUGGAUACCUAGCUGCGAGCUUAUUUGGACCAUUCUCACCUUCACACUGGCCGCCGCGACGACCAGCAAUCAUGUCAUUGCCAUACGCUUUUUUGUUGGCCUCGUUGAGUCUAUCUUCUAUCCGGCUGCCCACUUCCUGAUCGGUAGCUGGUACAAACCUAGCGAGCUGGGCAAGCGAGCGUGUAUUUUCCAUGCAAGCUCUGCCGUGGCUGGCAUGUUCAGCGGAUAUCUCCAGUCCGCCGUCUACACGGGCCUCAACGGAACACUUGGCAAGGCGGGCUGGCAGUGGCUCUUCAUCAUGGACGGUGUGAUCAGCCUGCCGAUCUGCUUGGCUGGUUUCUUCCUGAUUCCAGAUCUGCCCGAGAACUCACGUGCAUUCUAUCUCACGACCGAUGACAUUUCUCUGGCUCAAAAACGUAUGGAGGAGGUUGGUCGUGCGCCUCGACGGAAGCUGGGGUGGUCCAUCUUGAAACGAGUCUUUACGCGCUGGCACGUCUGGGCCCUCACGAUCCUGUACAUUAUUUUCAUCAACACAGGCCCCUCUUCCAGCAUCAAUCCCUUGUCUUUGUGGAUGAAGGCGAACGGGUGGUCGGUUACCAUGGUGAAUAUUAUACCCACGGCUCAAUACGCUGUGCAGCUCGUCACAACGGUCGGAUUCUCCGUCUUCUCGGACUACUUGCGAAAUCGAGCGGCCAUUAUGUCGAUUUCGACAUUCUUCGGAUUUUUCACCUCGCUAUGUCUUGCCAUAUGGACGAUUCCAGUCGGUCUGAAAUGGUUUUCGUUCUUCCUGUCGAGGGCUGCUGUAGCCUAUGGACCUCUAUCCAUGUCGUGGGCCAACGAGAUCUGUGGAGCUGACGCUGAGGAACGUGCUGUCGUUCUGGGUAUCAUGAACGCAUCAGGAUAUGCCUUCAAUGCUUGGCUGCCGCUGUUAACUUACCCUGCAGUCGAUAGUCCUAGGUUCAGAAAAGGCUUUGCCUGGAGCACUUCUGCUUUUGCAGCACAGGCAGUCAUAACCUGGACUGUUUGGGGGCUGCAGAGGCGAGAAACGAAGAAGAAGUUGGGAGUUGAGGCAGUCAACCAGCAGACUGGUGCCUGA